AUGAUCAAUAUAUACCCUUAUGUUCAGUUUCUAUGCAGGUUUUUCUUGAUGUUUCAUGUGUUGACUAUUACAAAAGAUUUUGAGGAAAGGUCAAAUUAUUAUGACGCAUUGCUUGCUGCUAAAUCUCAUGCAAUCAAUGGAAAGAAAGGGAUCCAUUCUACGAAGGAUCCCCCAGUCAUGCAUGUAAUGGACCUGCUGACGGCAUCUGCAAAAAAAGCUAAAGAUUUCUUGCCCUUCUUGCAACAGAGUAAAAGGCUACCCGCUGUUGUGGAUUAUGUCCUUAGUGGUCAUCGAUUUAAAUUGUUGAUCCCCAAGGAAACUUGCAGCAUUCCAUUCUCCUUCUCUGGUGUUAGAUGCCCUGGCCGCGAUGAGCCUUUCUCAGAUGAAGCAAUUGCCUCCAUGAGAAGAAAGAUCUUGCAGAGGGAUGCAGAGAUUGAAGUCGAAACAGUUGAUAGAACUGGAACCUACUUGGGUUCUUUAUGGGAAUCAAAGACCAACAUGGCUGUGGUUCUUCUAGAGUCUGGGCUGGCAAGGCUUCAAACUGCUUUUGGUGCUAAAAGGAUUCUUGAUUCUCACCUACUUGCAAAGGCUGAGUAGUCUGCAAAAAACCAGAGAUUGAAGAUUUUGGAAAAUCAUGUUGAAGGACAGGAAGCUACUAAUGGGUCAUCAGUGGCUGAGACCAAACAGAAGGAAGUGCUUAAGGUGGUGGUUACUGAGGUACUGGGCGGUGGCAAGUUUUAUGUCCAAACAGUUGGAGAUCAGAAAGUGGCUGUUAUUCAGCAGCAACUAGCUUCAUUGACCCUCCAAGAUCCUCCUGUCAUUGGCGCUUUUAAUCCUAAGAAGGGGGAUAUUGUCCUUACUCAGUUCAGUGUAGAUAAUUCUUGGAACAGGGCCAUGGUGAGACUCUCAUUAACUACAAAAAGUGGCUCCUUUUAUGUUCUGGAAAAGUUGGUGGCAAUCAAUAGUUGUCAGUAAGCAGUAUUUAUAAUUUUAUUGGCUUUGAUGCACCAUCUGGCAUAGCUGUGCUUGGGUUAAGCAAUCACUAGUUGUCCCUAGCAUUUGUUUCUUCUAUCAAGAUAACGAUGAUUUUGGCCCCUUGAUGUAUCUAUUCUUGUUUUUUUUCCCCUUUAU